CAUGCAACCAUAGGACAACCGUAAAAGCAAAAUGUAAUGCGACCAAAAAUUAACUUUAAAUAACUCUCCCUUCACUUUCAAGCUGGGGUGCACAAAAAAGCAAUGGUUUGGAUUUUUUUGCUGACCAGCAGGACCGGUCCACAGUAAACCUCAGCUACACAUGGCGACUUACAGAUUUGGAACUCCCAGCAGUCCAAGCAGGAUGGCUUCAGCAGGGAGAGCACAUCCUGCAGAGGAAAGCGAUGUAACUGAUGACGGCGAUCCAAAUAGACUUCUGCAAUGUCCUUUUGACGAACACCACAAAAUCCGGGCCAGUCGCUUUCCUUUCCACAUUAUCAAGUGCAGGAAGAAUCAUCCAAAACUCGCCAGUGAGCUGAAGACCUGUCCUUUUAAUGCUCGUCACCUGGUCCCAAAGCAUGAGCUGGCACACCACACCGAGACCUGUGAGAACAGACCAUCUGAGGACAGUCAGGCCGCUGGAAGCUCGAAUGAACCUCAGUGGCAUGUCCCAGUGAGCACCAGGGUAAACCCGAACAUGACUGAGGAUUGGGAAGAAGAGGUCGACAAUGAUGCUGUUCCGUUCGUGUGGGGUGCCGACAUGACCUUUACCAAGGAACAAAAGUCAAAGGCCUCCAAAACGCUUAGUCCUAGAGCACCCAACACCCGUCCAUGGGACAAUAAGCAAUAACUUGCACUGACUGCAGAUCCAGAUGCAAGCUUAUUUUAAUCCCAUCAUGUAUAUGCAUGCAUGGAUUUUUAUUUCAUACUAAUGUUUUUAACUUGUGUGGAUUUCAUUUUUAGACAUUGGAUAUAGCAUUAUGAAAUGUACACAGACCUCAUUUUUUUUAAUGUAUUCUCUUGUAUCCUCCAUGUUCGUAAAACUGCAUAUAUUUUAAUGAACAUUUUAUCGACGGUAAGAUUGUGUAGUAAUAAUUACAUGAUGUACUGAAAUAUGAGCUGCUUAAAUACCACCAGUUUGUCAAAAAUUUGAGAUGACAAUAAAAAAAGGUAAAAA